AUGCAAAAAUCUGUUAGAGUGGGCGACUAUUUCGAUAAUGAUGACAAUGGAUUAUGGUCAUGGUAUUUAACAAACCUAAGGUUAGGUGAUUUCGAAGAACUGAUAGGAAAUCAAUUAAAAUACACGCUUUUGAAAAGAUUUCUAAAUAGUCAUUUCUACGGUGAUUACAAUACUUCAGCUAGGCCAAACAAGAAGAUUUUGUUAGUUUCCAUACCAGAGAAUGUUCAUGAGGACAUAUCCAUACUAGAAAUCUUCCUCAAAGAUUACUUUCAUCUUGAAAAAUUGGAACACAUUCAAAUCUCAAAAUUAACCCACUCUCAUUGCUACAAUCACGAAAAUCACUAUUUGUUAACUGACAAUCUCAACAAUUUUCAAGAUCCCACUUUUCUAGAAUUUGCAAGUACAAGUUGGCAAGUUCAAAAGAAUUCGAAGACUUUAAAUAAUAAUAACAGGUAUUUAAUGCAUGGUUCCACGAUAUCUUCAUCAAAGACGUCAACUGGGCAACUAAAACCAAACACUUUAGACGAUCAAUGGUCAAAUAUAAAUACACAAACAUCAACAGCUACACGCACUAAUACAAAUACAAGAACUUUGACAUCUCCAGAUACAGCUGACUUGAGCCUCACGCCGACGAAUGGUGAUAACAAUAAUAAUGAUGUGCUUCAAAGCAAUGAAAAUGAAAAUGCCGAAGAGGAUGCAGGAGAGGAUGCAACAAGUUCUAUAGUACUUAACUUUUCCCAUUCACGAACACUAGCCUCAAAGGCAAAUAGACUACCCAAAAUUCUCCCAUCAUACACUAAUGAAGAUUACACACCGUCACAUUCUGAAAUAGUAUCAAUAGAUAGUUUUACUGGCGAAGACGCAUCAUCCACAUAUCCUGGUCAAGAUUUAAGUUUAACCACCGCAAGGCGUGAGGAUGCAAACGAUGAAAACGAUGAAAACGAAAGUGAAGACCAUUACAAUCGGAAUUCAGACGGUUUUCAUGAUGAAGGAAAUGAACAAGUAAGUUUAGGCAUAGAAAGUUGCGUUAGCUACUCCAGUUGUAGUAGUAGCAGUAUUGGUAGCAGUGUCCGGUAUAGUUUAAGCGGUAAUAGGCGAGAUAGCUUGAGAAACGGAAAUGUUGAUCAUACCAACGCCACCUACGUUUCAGAAUUGUCAAGCAUAACAAGCUCCAUAGACAAUUUAACUACUUCCACAACUCCGGAGGAAGAAGAGAAUUUGGUCCAAAAUAACUAUGAUGCUAGAGAAUAUAUAUCAGGAGAAGAAGAUGGAGAGGGGGCUGAUGAAGAUGAAGAUAUCUCUUCUUCUGACUACUCAGUACUAUCCAUUCUACCUUCGAUCUCAAUUUGUGACUCAUUGGGCUAUUUUAGGCUCGUUUUGCAAUCUAUUUUGAUUCAAGAUCCAGACACGAAGGAAAUUUUCACUGCAAUUAGACAAUCAAAUAAUAAACCGACAAUGGCUAGUGUUACCGAUGAUUGGCUACUUUAUGAUUCCAAUUUUUCAAUGAAUAAUUUACAGAUUUUAACACUUCAAGAUUUGCUAGAUAUCAAGAGAUCAUUCCCAAAAAUUUUAUUCUAUACAAUGGUUAUCGUGACAGACUCAGGUCAUCAACAAAUCGAAGAGGAACAUAAAAGCUCCAGCCACAGGGGUACUGUAGACACAUCGAAAGAGGAACCUUUAAAUUCAGAACUAUCACUAUCUCACGACCCACAACAGUAUUUUCCGACUGCAUAUAAUAUCGAUUAUGAUGAGUAUACCGACGACGAAGACGAAGGUGACGAUGCUUCAUUGUCCGAACAGUCAGGCCCACAAAUGUAUCUACCAACUAGAAUGGCAUCUAACGUUACUACAGCACAUCGUUCUAUAAGAACUGUCAACAGCAUUGGGGAAUGGGCGUUCAAUAGGCAUAAUUCUGUCACUAAGAUUAAUAAGAGUGAUAGCAACGAGUUGGAUAACUCUAAAGAAGGCGUGAAUAGGAAUUCAUUGGGUGAACCUUAUCCAAUGGCACAAUUGUCGAAUUCCAGUACGACCACAUCGAAUUUCAACCACUUAUUGAAGAAAAAAAAUUCUUACAAACUCGGCUCUAGAGAUAAAAAUGGAAGUAAUUCUAAGAAUGAAUUAAAAAAAAUUAAGACCUCCAUCAAUGCCAUGAGUGCGGUAGAAAGAUCUAAAAGUUUACCGUUACCUACUUUGUUGAAGUCUUUAAGCGGUAUAGACAAUCAUACUCAUGGUGCUAACAAGGACAGAAAGCGUUGGAAGUUUCAGAUGAAUAGGUUCAGAAAUAAUAAAAACAAUAAUUCUACGAAUACCGAUAAAUCUCCACGUUGUGCCAUUAUGUAA